CGCAAUAAACCAAAUCAUUGGUGCACAUUGCGUGUUGGGAAGCUAGCAAAGAGAAGAUCAAUGGCAAGAGUAGGCGGGCACCGAUACUGUUACAAAGAUGUGCUUCCAUUCACAGCCCUGGUGGCGAUGGAGUGCUCCAACGUCGGCCUCAACACACUGUUCAAAUUCGCCACUAACCACGGGAUGAGCCGCCAUGUUUUCGUCGUUUACGCCUAUGCAGUGGCGGCGCUUGUCCUACUUCCGGCGAUGUUUCUCUGUAGAAGCAGAUCGAGAGUACUUCCUCAGUUGAACUUCUCUAUCAUGAUCAAAACUUUUCUACUCGGAGUUAUUGGGUGUGCAUCUCAGAUCAUGGGUUAUACCGGAAUCAGUUAUGGAUCACCAACGCUUGCGUCAGCCAUCAGCAACCUGACGCCGGCUUUUACUUUCGUGCUUGCCAUCAUAUUCAGGAUGGAAAAGCUAGAACCGUCGAGCACAAGUAGCCGAGCUAAGGUGGUUGGCACCCUGGUCUCAAUAUCAGGUGCAUUUGUAGUGACUCUUUUCAAGGGUCCAAGCAUCAAUUCCCCACCUGACAAGCAUCAAAUUCUACAUUCAUCACGAUCAAACUGGAUUAUUGGCAGCUUAUUUCUCACCAUUGAAUACAUUUUGGUGCCAGUGUGGUACAUUGUUCUGACGCAUAUCAUGAAAGAGUACCCAGCAGAGCUGACACUGAUGUUCUUCUACAACUUAUUUGUGAGCAUCCUAGCUGCAUUCGUAGGUCUCAUUGCUGAACCAGACUCUAGCAAAUGGAUAAUAAGACCUAACAUCUCGUUGGCCUCUAUCUUAUGCUCUGGGGUUUUUGGCUCCGGCUUGAACAAUGUUAUUCAUACAUGGGCCUUGCACUUAAGGGGGCCAGUCUAUGUGGCCAUGUUCAAGCCAUUGUCCAUUGCCAUUGCAGCCGCCAUGGGAGUCAUUAUCCUUGGUGAUACUCUUUAUCUAGGAAGCAUCAUUGGUGCAACGAUAAUAGCGAUUGGAUUUUAUACUGUAAUGUGGGGCAAAACAAAAGAGGGGAUAGCCGAAUUUGAUGAAAUCAGUGAUCUGGAAUCUGUGGCUACGCAAAAACAUCCCUUGUUGCGAAGUUACAAAACUGAAGGGACAGAGAAGAGGUGAUUAUUAUGCAGAGAGUAAUUCUCUCUUAUGUAAAACAGAUUAUGUAUAGCUUAUAAUUGAAUCGGUAUGCAGAGAGUAAUUCUCUCUUAUGUAAAACAGAUUAAUUCUCUCUUAUGUAAAACAGAUUAUGUAUAGCUUAUAAUUGAAUCGGUAUGCAGCGAGUAAUUCUCUCUUAUGUAAAACAGAUUAUGUAUAGCUUCUGAUUGACUCGGUA